CUUGAUGAUCGCAAACAGUAGUGUGUGCGUACUAGCAAGCUAAUACUAGCUGGCUAGAUAACACAAAGAGAGAGGUUGUUAUGCAAAUCAAAGACUCCAUUUUAGUAAAAAUCUGCAAGCACAACAUUAGACAUGUCUGAAAAAGGAGAAGUUGAUUUAACAGGGGCAAAACAGAAUACUGGUGUCUGGCUGGUAAAGGUCCCCAAAUACCUGUCACAGCAAUGGGCCAAGGCCACGGGGAGAGGUGAAGUAGGGAAGCUCAGAAUUGGCAAGAGUCAAGGAAAAGCAGAGGUGUCCUUCACAUUGAAUGAGGAGCUGACCACAAUUAACGCCAUUGGGGACAAGGCUGGGCUGGUGCGGGCCCCCCGGGAACACCCGUUCACCAUGCAGACGGUCGGGGGCCAGACGCUGGCCGUCUUCACGGAGACCUCGUCAGGGCAGUCAGAAGACAAAUCUGACAGCAGCGGCCCAGAUAAGAUAGCCCUGGAAGGAGUGGUGGUCCAGCGUGCUGAAUGCAGACCAGCGGUCAGUGAGAACUACAUGAGGCUAAAGAAGCUGCAGAUAGAGGAGUCUUCCAAACCAGUUCGGCUGUCCCAGCAGCUGGAGAAGGCCGUCACCACCAACUACAAACCUGUGUCCAAUCAUAAUUACAAUGUGGAGUAUGAGAAGAAGAAGAAGGAGGAGGGCAAGCGGGCGCGAGCGGACAAGCAGCAGGUCCUGGACAUGCUGUUCUCUGCCUUCGAGAAGCACCAGUACUACAACAUCAAGGACCUGGUGGACAUCACCAAGCAGCCCGUGACGUACCUAAAGGAGAUCCUCCGCGACAUUGGGAUCUACAACGUGAAGGGCACCCACAAGAACACGUGGGAACUGCGACCGGAGUACCGCCAUUACCAGGGGGAGGAGAAGAGCGACUAGCCUGGGACCACCCGCCGAAGGGAGGCCACACCCACAGAGCACCUGUUUCUGCUGCGUUCGCUGGGGCUUACUUACGUUACUUAAAAGCAGUGACCACAGUGUUGACCUUUUCUUUAACUUCCAUUUUUAAUAAGCCGUUUCCGAAGCACAGCUUUACCGCGUGACUGCACGGGGGCCGUGGCUUUUCUCAGAACGCUUUUUCCGUGCUCUCUAAAUCAUGACUGCUUUUUAAAUAAAGGAUUUUGUUCCUCGACCGUAGCCACGAAUGUGUGGUUUAGUAAUUCUGCUUGGUAGCAGAGGCAGGCUCAGUGAACUGGGCCCAGCGUACAGUGUGAAGAGAAACCUGCUCUGGGAGGGUGCGUAUUCUCUGCCCCUCCACUUUUGACACAUACUUUGUAAUGUAGCUUGUCAAAUAAAUGUUGGUGUUUUGGAUCUUUCAGUUCAGUACUUUUUUCGGGAAUGGGGAGGUCAGAGCGGACAGUGUACAGUCAUUUUUGUACACCUUUAACUCGGUACUUGAAUUGCAUGUCUCGUUUCAAAUGUAAAACAUCACCUUUCUGCUAACCUCAUAAGAAAAUUAUGCUAAUAGAAUGGUACAUAUCAACAUUAC